AGUGCACUCACUCAGGGGAAGUGAAAAGAAGGUGUUACACUGUGUGGUGUCAGUGACUUAUACCAAUUUUAUUAUUAUAUUAAAGGUGUUACACUGUGUGGUAUAAGUGGAAUGGGGAAGACCAGUUUGGCUGCCCAGGUGUGUGCCCGACUUGCAUGCAGUAAACCAAAAUGGAGGAUCAUCAUCCUCAAUCAAAGAGAAAAAUCAGAACUCAACGACUUGUUGUUGGACAUGAUAUCAGAAUUGAGUGCAGAAUUAGAUGGGAAUGAGUACAUGCAGCUACUAUCAGAAACAAACACCAACCAUCUAAAGAUCAGGUGUAACAAACUGAUAGAUGAGGUUCUUGAAAAACAACUAAAUAUACUACUUCUGCUGGACAAUGUUGAUGGACAUUGUGAUGGAGAAGAUAGACAACAUGAUUUUUCUAAGUUUAUGAAGGAACUCCUAAACAACAUUCCUCUAAAAAGUAGCGUAAGUCUAUAG